UUCACUCUCUCUCUCUCUCUGCAAAACCCUAAAAAGUUUUGGAUGGCUCCAAUCGACCCUCACUCGUUCACCGAUUCGACUCACCCACUCGCCUCCCACAUUUCACUCUCUCUCUUCUUCGACUUCUCCUCCUCCACCAUCCACGCCUCCGCUCUCUUCACCCUCCCCUCCCCUCACUCCGGCCCACUCUCCCUCGACGCGCGUGGCCUCACCGUCCAUUCCGUCCUCGACCCUCUCUCCUCUUCCCCCCUCCCUUUCUCUAUCUCCUCCCCUCCUCACCCAAUCAAAGGCUGCCACCUCACCCUCACACUCUCCCACAACUCCUCCUUCCUCGUCGUCUUCACCACCUCCCCCACCUCCUCCGCCCUCCAGUGGCUCUCGCCCCCGCAGACCUUCAACAAAGCCCUCCCCUUCGUCUACACUCAGUGCCAUGCCAUCCACGCGCGCUCCGUUUUUCCAUGCCAGGACACCCCGGCGGCGCGUGUCUGCUACUCGGCGCGUCUGAACGUCCCGCGCCAGCUCUCCGCGGUGAUGUCGGCGCGCCACGUCGACCGGAGGGACCCGAUCGCCGGGGAGGGGGCGGCGCUGGCGUGCGGAGACGGCGCGUGGUGCGCGGAGGGGAGGGUAGUGGAGGAGUUCGUGAUGGAGCAGCCUAUUCCGCCGUACCUGUUCGCUUUCGCCGUCGGAGAGCUGGGGUUCCGGGAGGUGGGGCCGAGGACGAGGGUGUACGCGGAGGCGGUGCCGGCGGUGCUGGAGGCGGCGGCGAAGGAGUUUGCGAGCGCUGAGGAUAUGAUAAUGCAAGGGGAGGCGUUGUUUGGGCCUUAUGAGUGGGAGAGGUUUGAUUUGCUGGUGCUGCCGCCGAGCUUUCCCUACGCCGGAAUGGAGAAUCCGAGGAUGACGUUUCUGACGCCGACGGUGCUGGAAGGGGACUCGAGCGGCGCACAGCUGGUGGCGCAUGAGCUGGCUCAUAGCUGGACGGGGAAUUUGAUCACUAACAAGACUAAUGAGCACUUCUGGUUGAAUGAGGGUUUCACAACUUAUGCGGAGAGGAGGAUUGUUGAGGCCGUGCAAGGUGAGGACAGAGCUGCAUUGAGUAUUGGAAUCGGAUGGAGGGGUUUGAAUAAGGAAAUGGAGAGGUUCAAGGAUAACUUGGAGUUUACCAAGCUGAAAACCAAUCAGGAAGGAGUGGACCCAGACGAUGUGUAUUCUAAAGUUCCUUAUGAGAAAGGUUUCCAAUUUCUGUGGCGCAUUGAACGUCAGGUUGGAAGGCCUGCAUUUGACGAAUUCACAAAGAAGUAUAUUGCCACCUUCAAGUUCAACUCAAUUGAUACCGAAACAUUUCUCGAAUUUCUGAAAGCUAACCUACCUGGAAUAGAGAAAGAGAUUGACUUGACUCUGUGGACUGAGGGCACUGGUAUCCCUCCUGAUGCCUAUGAACCAGUAUCCAGCAUCUAUACAAAGAUUCUAUCAAUGGCAAAUGAAUUUAAGCUUGGUAGGAUGCCAAGGGAGGAUGAAGUUGCUGACUGGGGUGGGAUGGAGUGGGAGCUCUACCUGGAGAACCUGCCCAAAUCUAUUGAAGCUUCACAGAUUUUGGACUUAAAUGCUUGCUACAAUCUGUCUGAUACGAAAGAUUAUGAAGUGAAGGUUGCAUUUCUUCUGCUGGCAAUUGCUUCUGAGUGCAAAGAUCACUAUGCUGAGGUGGAAAAAACUUUGAAGGCAGUGGGGAGGAAGAAGUUUCUUGUCCGACUAUAUACUGCUCUUGUAGAAGGCACUGGUAAAGAAGAGGAGAAGAUUUUAGCCAAGAGGGUAUUUGCAGAGGCUCGUGAAACUUAUCACCCUAUAGCUCAAGGUGUUGUUGAGACAAUCCUAAGCAAGAACAUCUAGAAUUGAUGUAUGAACUGUACGUCACAGUACAUACUGAACUCUGAAGCUAAUCAUUGCAGUUGAAUCUCUGAGAUCUCUAGGCUAGUCUUGACUGCUAAUUCUGUUGAAUACUUGCAUAUUCUCUGAUGUCUUUUGCUGAUAUGAACUCGUAAAUAAAAAGUAGUCGUGAUCACUGUUGGUGUUAAUCAAAUUUCGAGAAAAGUAGCCGUGUAUU